CUUGUGAACUUUUCAAGAACUCUUUGCGUCCUGUGUUAAAGAUUUACAUUCUGAACAAAUUUCGCUUUGUCAUUUUAUUCUUAAUCAGUGAAUUAAGUCGACAAAUUUUCACGAUCCUGUAAGUUCUAAUUCCACAGUUUUGAUAAUUUGUUCAUAACUGCUAUCUAACAGUGCAUAUCAUAUGGAGUUUAAGUUUAAUAUUUGUUUGGCAUCCAAUGUACCACGGCUCUAGAUAAUGAAGCUAAGCCACAAGUAAACACAUUCCUUUCAAAGCUUAUCUUUCUCUCUCGCUUUCUCAGUAUUCACGCUCUGUCUUCUCUGUGUGCUCAUCAUGAUGCAAUGAAGAGAUGUUUUCCAUGGGGAGGAUAAUUCUGCUGAUUCAUCUCAUAUGUUUUGCUCUCUUGGGAGAGCUCAGCACUUCACGGGCGGAAGAUAAGAUUCAGAACGCAUCAAAGUUGGAGAUGUUCGUUGAUGAGCUUCCAGAUAUGCCUAAAAUCCAAGGUUUUAACGUGGUGAAUGGUUCCCCCAAAGCUAAGUCUCUGACUAUUGGCAUGUUUAAGAAGAAAUGGAAAUUCCACAGGGAUCUCCCUCCAACGCCAGUGUUUGCCUACGGUGCCUCCAGGAUCACGGCAACAGUUCCUGGUCCGACCAUCGAGGUCCUCCAUGGCAUUGACACUUACGUGACGUGGCAAAAUCACCUCCCUUCAAAGCACAUACUGCCAUGGGAUCCAACAAUCCCUACUGCCAUGACGGCCUCCAAGAAGGGAGUCCCUACGGUAGUUCAUCUCCAUGGCGGCAUCCAUGAACCUGCCAGUGAUGGAAACUCGGACUCAUGGUUCACCGCUGGAUUCAAAGAUAAGGGUCCUGCUUGGUCUAAGAGAACAUAUCACUACAACAAUAAUCAACAGCCUGGAAAUCUAUGGUACCAUGAUCAUGCCAAGGGAUUGACCAGAGUCAACCUAUUAGCCGGUCUGAUUGGGGCCUAUGUUAUUCGCCAUCCUGAUGUUGAGGGCCCACUUAAACUUCCCUAUGGCGACGAGUUUGAUCGACCUUUGAUCGUGUUUGAUCGUAGCUUUCGUAAAGAUGGAUCCAUAUACAUGAAUUCCACAGGAAACAAUCCCUCUAUACAUCCACAAUGGCAGCCAGAAUAUUUUGGCGACGCAAUCAUAGUGAAUGGCAAAGCGUGGCCAAAAAUGAAAGUACGACGUCGUAAAUAUAGAUUCCGGAUAAUCAAUGCUAGCAAUGCUAGAUUCUUCAGAUUCUUCUUCACCAAUGGCUUAGAAUUCAUCCACGUGGCAUCUGACUCAACUUAUCUUUCGGAACCCGUUAUGACCAACGAAACUCUGUUGGCCCCAUCAGAAAUUGCCGACGUGGUGGUUGACUUUUCAUUGUCAAAGACUCAUGAUGCUAUUCUUGCUAACAGUGCACGCUACCCUUUCCCGUCCGGUGACCCAGUCAAUGACUCAAACGGUAAAGUCAUGAAAUUUGUCAUCAAGAAAAAUCGAGAUGUUGACACGUGGCUGGUACCCAAUAUAUUGAUAAAAUAUCCAUCCCCAGAUUUAUCCAGUGUCUCGCAGGCACGAUACAUAACAUUGUACGAGUACACAAGCGACGUCGGUGAGCCUACGCAUCUUUUCAUCAACGGGAAGCCGUACGAAGCGCCUGCGACGGAGAUGCCUAAAGAGGGGACGAGUGAGAUUUGGAACGUGAUUAAUCUAACGGAGGAUAAUCAUCCGUUGCACAUUCAUUUGGGACUAUUUACGGUGUUGGAUCAAACGGAGCUGGAAAAUGAAGAGGAGUUCAAAGGUUGCAUGUUGAAAAACAACGAUGCGAUCAAGUGCCAAAUAAGCAAGCAUGCACGUGGCAAGAAGAUAGAGGUGGCAGCACAUGAGAAAGGGUGGAAGAAUGUGUAUAAGAUGGCACCAGGAUUUGUGACAAAAAUAUUGGUUAGAUUUUCUUAUAUACAUUCCAACACUUCAUAUUCAUUUGAUCCUACUGGGCUGCCUGGUUACGUGUAUCAUUGCCAUAUAUUGGAUCAUGAAGAUAAUAUGAUGAUGAGGCCCUUGAAGGUGAUCAAAUGAGAAUCUUAAACAUGGUAAUUAUCUCAAAAGCUGAUCACAGAAUUUGUUGCUUUUUCCAGAUUGAAAAUUUGGAACUUCUUUCUUCUCUUGUUUUCAUUUUAACAUUCAGUUUCCAAUUCAAUGUCGGCAUUGGAAACGACUCUUCUAAAGCUAGA